UCCUCGUCGACAGUUCCCACCAUGUCCAUUCCCUCCAAGCUCCUUCCUCUCCCCUACUACCCUCCGAACCCUAAUACUAACCCAAAAUUCAGAUUCCUAAACCCUAAAAGACCCUUAUAUUGUCAGCCCAAAACCCUCCAAAUCCAGUGUGCUAAGAGAACUGGAAAGCAGAGGUACCCAUCCGAGAAGAAGAAGCUCAAGCUGAAACACAAAGCCCUCACUCAUGUCAAUGACAAAUUUCAAGGCAUUUGGAGGCUUUCCAAGCUUGGUGUUCCACUUCACUUGGACCCCGGAAAGGAUUUUCUUGACGUUUCUGAGGGCUUGCUCCAAGAAAUUGCCAAAGUUCUCAAAUUCCCGGUUGCUUCUAUGCUUCCCCCAGAGGCAUUCUUGGUCGUAAGGAAGUCUUUUGAUGCAAGGAAGGUGCUGAAGGAGCCCAAAUUUGUUUAUACGGUUGAGAUGGAUGUCCAUAAGCUCCUGACUCUAGAGCCUCGUACAUGGGACUUCAUUUCUCGUUUGGAGCCUAAAGUUGGGCUCAUAGAGCACAUAGAGCACAUAGAGCAUAUGCGUGGUUCUUCCGGUGAUUUGGUCAGUAUAACACGUGAUUACAAGAUCAAUAAAGGUGCAGAGUCAAUAAAAGGAGAGAGCAUUUCCAAGGAGGGAUCAGAUGACUUCCCAGGAUCUAGAAGGCCAAAAGUUGCUGUUGUGGGUAGUGGACCAUCAGGCUUGUUUGCUUGUCUUGUUCUUGCAGAACUUGGUGUAGAUGUUACUAUAAUAGAAAGAGGUCAAGCAGUUGAGCAAAGGGGGCGUGAUAUUGGUGCUUUGAUGGUUCGUCGGAUUUUACAAUUGGAAAGCAAUUUUUGCUUUGGGGAGGGUGGUGCAGGUACCUGGAGUGAUGGAAAGUUGGUGACUAGAAUUGGAAGGAAUAGUGGCAGUGUUCUGGCGGUUAUGAAAACUUUAGUUCACUUUGGAGCUCCAGAAAGUAUCUUGGUUGAUGGGAAGCCUCAUUUGGGAACAGAUAGGCUGAUUCCAUUACUCCGCAACUUUCGACAACAUCUAGAAAGCUUGGGUGUUACCAUCAGAUUUGGGACUAAAGUUGAUGAUCUGGUUGUAGAGGAUGCUAAUGUUGUGGGAGUUGAAGUUUCUGAUUCAAGAGAAAAAUCAGAGCAUAAUAGUCAGAAGUUGAGAUAUGAUGCAGUUGUUUUAGCAGUAGGGCAUUCUGCACGUGAUGCAUACCAGAUGCUUCUGUCUCAUAAUAUGGAUUUGGUCCCAAAAGAUUUUGCUGUUGGCUUGCGGAUUGAGCAUCCUCAGGAACUAAUAAACAGCAUACAGUAUUCAAGCUUGGCUGCUGAGGUUCACAAGGGACGUGGAAAAGUUCCUGUUGCAGAUUACAAGGUUGUCAAGUAUCUCCAGGGAGAAGAUGGAGACACAUCCUUUGAUUCAGGGGCAACAAGUCGUAGUUGUUAUUCCUUCUGCAUGUGUCCUGGCGGACAGGUUGUUCUCACUAGUACAAAUCCAUCAGAAAUUUGUAUCAAUGGCAUGUCAUUUUCUCGGCGUGCCUCCAGGUGGGCAAAUGCAGCACUUGUCACCACUGUCUCAUCAAAGGAUUUCGAGGCAUUGAAUUGUGAUGGACCCCUUGCAGGGGUUGAAUUUCAGAGGGAAUUUGAGCGAAGAGCAGCCAUGAUGGGAGGCGGAAAUUUUGUGGUGCCUGUUCAGACAGUCACAGAUUUUAUGGAAAACAAAUUGUCAGUAACAUCUGUACCACCAUCAAGUUAUCGGUUAGGAGUCAAGGCAGCCAACCUCCACGAGUUGUUCCCCUUACAUAUAACAAAGGCGUUGCAGCACUCAAUCUCAAAGUUUGACGAAGAGUUACCUGGAUUUAUAUCCAAAGACGCCCUGCUUCAUGGAGUCGAGACAAGAACCAGCUCCCCCAUCCAAAUUCCUCGUAACAGUGACACAUAUGAAAGCACAUCACUGAGAGGACUCUACCCCAUUGGAGAAGGAGCAGGCUAUGCUGGUGGAAUUGUCAGUGCAGCAGUUGAUGGCAUGUAUGCUGGCUUUGCUGUGGCAAAAAGUCUAGGUUUGUACUCCGGUGACAUCGAGUCAAUUCUGGGCAAGGCUCAGUAUGGUGGAUGGGCAAAGUAUUGAGAGACCUUAUGGCUGUUACUCCUGAAAAAAUGGCUGCAUGAAGUUAAAAACAAGCAUGAUCAAUUCAAAGAACCAAGAAAAAUUCCUGUCUGGGCAUCAAUUUCAACUUGCAAUUCAUUCCGGGGACCUAUGUGAUUUCUCAUAUAAUCAGUGGACAAAUACUGAACAUUGCCUUAAAAUCUGAAGGAUGAAUUUGGAGCAGAAAUGAAGAAAAUCCAAUUCUAUUUGCUUGGAUGCUUGUAACGAAGGAAUCCAAGAGUUUGGGUUGUGGAGUGGGGAUACAGUUGAGUCUGAUGAUGCCAAUUGCAAGCUUCCAUGGAAAGUUGGUUCUGUAACUCUCCCAAAAUCUCUAGCACUGUUUGUUUGUAAAUGUGGAAAUAUCUCUAUGUUAAGACCUUGUCUGGUAAGGGAUUUUGAAAACA